AUGCAGGACGAUUUUCUCCGAGACAGUCCUGCCGACAAGCAAGGACAACAAAAGAGGGAAUCCGCACAAGUGGAAGCUCAGGACAACCAGCCAACCCACGUAACUGACGAUCCAAAUCCGCCUGAAGCCACGUCAAAUGGUCCAAGGAGGUCGUCCCGCCGGAUGCCCUCCUCUCGGGAGUCCCCCUUAACCAAGGAGAAUCGGGCUGGCAACGCUAAGAAGCGAGGCCGCGUCGACGAAAUGGAUGUUGAUGUAUCAUCGACGCGCACGAGGCCAGCGGAGGAUGUCGCGAAACGACUAGAGAGUGUCGAUGAAGGUUCCGCUUCCGCCCUACGACGCCUAGAGGAAAUGGAGGCGGCCUUCAAAAACGACAUCAAGAGACGGAGGCUGCAGAUCGAGCAGAGCAUCGUCAAAGGGGCCGAUUCUGGUAGAUCGGCACCUGCCUUGAAGCUGCGAAGGGCGGCUGCAUCGCAGGAUAGUGAUGUAGUCCACCUAGACCGCGUCUUGCUCACCCCGGGGGAAGAGAAAGGCCAUGCUUGCGAGACCACGAAGGACGCGGAAAGCGAGGCUGGCGAUGAGCUUAUCGAGACCAUCAAAGGAGCCAAUCGCCCACCAGCGGUUAACAAACACCGGCAUCCGCUUGCAGACCCGUCGCAACCGGAGCAUCCUACCAAGAACAGGCCAGACAAGACCAAGAAAGCCGACCUCGUGCUAGGCCAAAAGUAUGUGGAGAGUCUGGGCCUGGCUAACGCAAGAGACAUCGUCAAAAUGCUUCGGUGGAACGACAAAUUCGGCAUCAAGUUCAUGAGGUUGAGCUCUGAGAUGUUCCCUUUUGCAAGUCAUGCAGAGUACGGCUACAAGCUCGCCCCAUUCGCAUCUGAGGCUCUCGCCGAGGCUGGGAGGGUCGCUGGAGAGCUGGGACACCGUCUGACAACCCAUCCUGGACAGUUCACCCAGCUUGGGUCGCCUCGAAAGCAAGUUGUCAGCAACGCUAUCCGGGAUCUUGAAUACCACGACGAGUUGUUGUCUCUCCUGAAAUUGCCCCCUCAACAGGACCGGGAUGCUAUCAUGAUUCUCCACAUGGGAGGGACGUUCGCUGAGGCAGGUGGCAAGCCAGCGACUCUCGAUCGCUUCCGUCAAAACUACGUGCUCCUGUCAGACUCUAUCAAGCGUCGUCUUGUUCUCGAGAAUGACGACGUGUCGUGGUCAGUUCACGACUUGCUGCCUAUCUGCGAGGAAUUGAACAUUCCCAUGGUCCUAGACUACCACCAUCACAACAUAAUAUUCGACGAUGACAAGGUCCGAGAAGGCACCUUCGAUAUCUCGCAACCCGAGAUUAUGGAGCGCAUAACCAGGACUUGGACGAGGAAGGGCAUCAAUCAGAAGAUGCAUUACUCAGAGCCCUGUUAUGGCGCCAUCACGGCGCGUGAUCGGAGGAAGCACAGCCCUCGCGUGGCCACAUUGCCACCGUGCCCUCCGGACACGGACCUCAUGAUAGAGGCCAAGGACAAGGAGCAGGCCGUGUUUGAGCUGAUGCGCAGGUUCAAGCUGCCCGGCUUCGACAAGAUCUCGGACGUGGUGGCCCAUGAGCGCGGCGACCAGGACAGGCCGCCGCAGAAGGUGAAGAGCACCAAGAAGUCUGCACACCGGAAAAAGAAGCGCAAGGCCGGUGAAGAUCCUCCUGAGGAUGCUGAAGAUCCCGGCAAAGGCGAUGCGGAAGCGCCUGAAGCAUUUGUUCCUGCUCCUGGUCCUGGCUUGACAGUCAGCCCCGAGGAGUUUGGAAUGGGUGGACCGCUGGGAAGAGUAUACUGGCCCAUUGGGUGUGAGGACUGGUUGCAUCCCAGGAAGAAGGAGAAGAAGGUCAAGGUUGAUGAUUCUAAAUCUUGA